AUGUCCGACUCCCCUCAAUCUCCUCCAAAGGAUGUCGACCAAGGUGCACAGUCACCCGACGAAGAGCAAAUGAAUGAUAACCAAGAUCCCCACGCCGGAGCUGGCUAUGAGUUUGAAGGUGUCAAGGAGCAAGACCGGUGGUUACCUAUAGCCAAUGUUGCUCGAAUCAUGAAGAAUGCCCUUCCUGAUAAUGCCAAAAUUGCAAAGGAGGCAAAAGAGUGUAUGCAGGAGUGUGUUAGCGAGUUCAUCUCCUUCAUUACUAGUGAGGCUUCCGAGAAGUGCCAGCAGGAAAAGCGCAAAACCGUCAAUGGAGAGGAUAUUUUGUUCGCCAUGACUUCCUUGGGCUUCGAGAACUAUGCUGAAGCUCUUAAAGUGUAUUUGUCCAAGUACCGCGAACAACAAAACCAAUCGAACCGAGAGCGCGUUAUGGAGAACAAUAACAAUAACUGGGGGGGCGCCAUGAUUCCUGGCGAAAAAGCUGAACCUGGCCCAUCCGGUGCCGAGUAUGCUGCUCCUGAAGCAGCAAAUCCCGCCGAGAGCGCUGCCGAACCGAACUACAUGUAUGCUUCCCAUGCCGGCCAUAAUGGAACAGGUGCUGGUGAAGGCUACUAA